AUGGUGUGUAAGGAGUUAGCUAUACCGCAGGAGAACACGCUUGUGGCGGUUACGGACUCCAUGUCCGCUAACCCGCAGCGGCUGGAAUGUCUACUAACCAAGGGCCUGCUGCAACGAGAUAUCGAUCUCUUGAAGGAAGCCGGAUUCUCGACGCUUGAGUGUGUGGCCUACGCGCCGGCGAAGAUGUUGCUUGACGUCAAGGGCCUCAGCGAGCAGAAGGUGGAGAAGAUCAAAUUGGCAUGCAAGGAGCUUUGCCACCUCGGUUUUUGUUCGGCAACAGAUUAUCUGGAGGCCAGGGAAAACCUCAUCAAGUUCACCACCGGGUCAACCGCCCUUGAUGCGUUGCUGCAGGGUGGCGUCGAGACCGGCAACAUCACUGAGAUUUUCGGCGAGUUCAAAACGGGGAAGACGCAGUUAUGUCACACACUGGCGGUCACCUGCCAAUUACCCGUGGAGCAGAGUGGAGGCGAGGGCAAAUGUCUGUGGAUCGACACCGAAGGCACAUUCAGACCUGAGAGGAUCGUUGCCAUAGCUAAGCGCUUCGGGCUCUCGCCAGCCAACUGCCUCGAAAACAUCGCGUACGCAAAAGCGUACAACACUGAUCACCAACUGGAGCUGCUUAUAGAAGCUGCCAACAUCAUGGCGCAGACGCGAUUUGCGUUGCUCAUUGUGGACAGUGCGACGGCUCUCUAUCGCUCAGACUACUCGGGCAGAGGCGAGCUGGCCAAUAGGCAGAUGCAUCUAUGCAGGUUCCUCAGGGCCUUGCAGAGGAUUGCAGACACCUUUGGGGUGGCCGUGGUCAUCUCGAAUCAGGUGCUCUCAAAAGUCGACAACAUGGCCUCGUUCUACGGUGGGAAUGACAAGAUGCCGGUCGGUGGGAACAUCAUUGCGCACGCCAGCCAGACCAGGUUGUUCCUUCGGAAGUCAAGGGGAGACAGCCGUAUCUGUAAAAUUUACGAUUCUCCAAGCCUUCCGGAAGGUGAGGCGGUCUUCGGCAUCACUGAGGGCGGCAUCGACGAUUACACUGACAAGUCAUUAUGA